AUGUCCUACGAAAGCCUUCUCGGAAAACUAACGGCUCACGGUCAAGGGCAUCUACUAACGUACUGGUCGGAACUCGGCGAAAAAGAGCGGGAGCUAUUAAUCCGCGACAUCGAAAAAAUAGAUUUUUCAGAAGUAAAUGAACUUUUUAGACGUGCUAAUGAUACUAGCAAAGUUAUUCUCGAAAAACUAGAAGAUUUAAAACCUAUUCCUGAGUCUCAUUACGAGGCAGUGCCUAACUUGAGUAAUGAGAAGAUUGAGGAGUACGAGACCCUUGGUUUCAAGGAGAUUAGUGACGGCAAAGUUGGGGUGUUGUUGUUAGCUGGUGGACAAGCUACCAGACUUGGAUUUGGUCAUCCUAAAGGCAUGUAUGAUGUUGGUUUACCUUCGAAAAAGACUCUGUUCCAAAUUCAAGCUGAAAGAAUAGUGAGAAUCCAACAAAUGGCUGCAGAAAAGUUUGGUAGUCAUGGAAAAAUUACUUGGUAUAUUAUGACCUCUGAGCACACCAAGCAACCAACUGCAGAUUUCUUCAGGAGCCAUUCUUACUUUGGUUUAAAUGAGGAGGAUGUUAUAUUCUUUGAGCAAGGCACACUACCGUGCUUUGACUUUGAAGGCAAAAUUUUCUUGGACGAGAAACAUCAUGUAUCGUCUGCACCUGACGGUAAUGGAGGCUUAUACAGGUCUUUAAAAAACCAGGGGAUAUUAGCAGAUAUAGCUAACCGUGGCAUUGAGCACUUGCAUGCACAUUCCGUGGAUAAUAUUCUUAUUAAAGUAGCAGAUCCUGUCUUUAUUGGUUAUUGCAAAAGUAAAAAUGCUGACUGUGCAGCGAAAGUGGUCCAAAAGUCUGCUCCAAGUGAAGCGGUCGGUGUUGUGUGCAGAGUUAACGGUCACUACAAAGUUGUAGAAUACUCAGAAUUGACAGACGAGGCUGCUGAACGAAGAAAUGAUGACGGUAGGCUGACAUUCUCUGCAGGCAAUAUAUGUAACCACUAUUUCUCAGCAGACUUCCUAACAAAGAUUAGCAGUUUUGAAUCAAAACUUAAACUACAUGUUGCUAAAAAGAAGAUACCUUAUGUUGACCGAGAUGGUGUUCGUCAGAAACCAAGUGAACCAAACGGUAUUAAGAUGGAGAAAUUCAUUUUUGAUGUGUUUGAAUUUGCAGAGAAUUUUAUUUGUUUAGAAGUUGCUAGAGAUGUUGAGUUUUCUGCUCUGAAAAAUGCAGAUUCAGUUAAAAAAGACUGCCCUUCAACUGCCAGGGAGGACCUACUGAGGUUACAUAGGAAAUAUGUCAGAGAUGCAGGGGGAAUCAUUUCAGACGAGAUUGAUGUUGAAAUAUCACCUCUUUUAUCUUACGGUGGUGAAAAUAUUCAGGACUUAGUGAAUGGAGAAGUCUUCACCAUCAGUCCAUUCCAUUUGAAGAGUAUGCAGGAAGCAUCCACAAAUGGUGUUAAUGGAAAACACUAA